CUAGGUAACAGGACGUGUACUCCCUGGAUUCUAAGUAGCGACGAAGACAACGGAAAACUUCCCUGAACCCUCGAGGAUGGGAGGAGAAGAGGACAAUCGUCGCGCUGCGACGUUGCAGUUUGAUCAGUUCCCCUUGUGGCUCAGGAAAGGACCGUGGUCACCCGCCGCGUAUGCCUUCAUCACGUUGGCUGUUGGGAUAUGGUUUUAUCUUGCUCCUCGGGCUGUGGCGAUGCUUCCUCCUACGCAACUGACCAGCGAGAGGGAUCGCUGGAUCUCUCUCGGCUGCUUCUUAUGGUGCAUGGUGAUCAUCGGGCUCCUCGUGUCUCGGGCUGGCGUAUGGCCCAUGUACACCUUCACCAUGUGGUCCUGGGCCCUGAUUGCCAUUCGAUUUCUUGCAAUCUUUGUUGGAGAGAAUGUUCCUAUCAUUCACUUUCUGGGCGAGUUUUCCCAUGGGCCGGCUCUGAUCAAUGCUGUCAUUGUCUUUGUGGUAUGGUGGAUGGUACUCUUCCCCAUGAUCUUCUUUGUGCUCAAGAGCAAGAAGGACAGAGAUUUCUUCUUCAAGUUCAACGCUUCCUUCAACCUCAUCAACGUUCAUGCAGUCAACAUAGUGCUGGCUUACCUGAUCAGAACCUUCAUUCCUAGGAGUCUGGUCUUGUACGAUCUAUGGAGCACGCUCACUGUCUCUUUGUUCUACACUCUUCUCUACCUGUUCAUCUUCGAUAUGAAUGGGUAUCACUUCUACAUUAUCCUGUCGCCUCGUACGCAUUUCUGCUUUCUUAGUUAUUCAUUGAUGUUGGGGAUCAUGGCCUUCAUAUAUUACUGCCUUGGCGGGAGAUUUGAAUUGUGA